UAAAAUGGGACUGCUCUAACACACCGCCCUGGGUGUGUCAAUGGACGUCACGGAAGUCCGCUAUCCGGUGGCUGCACUGUGGGAACUGUAUAAAUCCGCGCCACUAUCCAAAACGAUGGGAAAAAGUUGCACUGGAGUUCAAGCGUGGUGUCCUGUUGCGUGAUCUCCCGCAGCUAUCCUCAGGAAACCAACCAUCUCCAUUCACUGAGCACCAGAGCUGAGCGCCACAGCCAAGUGCGCUGUGUUGAGUCUGCACUCUGAAGGGGAAAACAUCAGGAAUAAAACUUGUUUCAUAUUUUAUAUUUGAAACCCGCUCGCUGCACCGGAGUCUCCAGAGAUGAUGAAUUUGAUCCUCUUCUGUCUGCUAUGUGGAUUGUAUGGUGUUCUUGCAAAAGACAAAGAUCAGAAGGGGAAGUACAGCAUCCCAAUUCUGGAUGUGAAAGCCCGGCAGCUGGUCUAUGACACCAACCAGACACUACUGCUCAGCUGCAGGGGUCGCUGGGAGCUGACAUGGGCGUUCCCAUCAGGUUUGGCCAGAGAUCAGGUGCAGGUGAAGGAGUCUCGCUGCGGGAGGACGAGCCAGCAGUACUGCAGCAGCGUGACGGUCAGCAGCACCCAGGCCCAGCACACUGGCCUCUUCCGCUGCAGAUACCAGCACCGAACACGAAAACAGACCUCCAUCUAUGUAUAUGUCACAGACAGCCAGCGGCCAUUUGUGGAACAUCCGGGUACGAGCCCAGAUGUGUUGUACAUGAAGGAGAAGCAGCCGCUGGUGAUCCCCUGCCGGGUCACCCACCCCAACAUCACCACCACGCUGGUCAAGUUCCCCAGCGACAGCCUGAGACCAGACCAGAGGAACAUAGUUUGGAACAGCAAGCAAGGCUUCACCAUCCGAACUCCCACCUUCUAUUACAUUGGCCUCUUCUACUGCCAGACGACCACUGACGGCAUCACACACAAGUCACGUAUAUACUUUGUACACAGAUUAGUAAGCAACAUCCUGGAGGUGUAUCUGAACAGCAGUGAUCCUGCGCAGGCCCUGAGGGGAGAGAUGUUGGUCUUGAACUGCACGGCCACCGCGGAGCUGAACACCAGAGUCAACAUCACCUGGGACUACCCUGGAAAGAUUAACAACACCGGCUCCAUUUCCAAGAGGCUCCUGAAACACAGAACACACAUGUUGUUCUACAAUAUUCUGACCAUCCCGAUGCUCCAGCGUUCAGACCGAGGUCUCUACACAUGCCGUGUGACCAGCGGGGAAAAAACAAAACAAAAGAAAGUGACUGUUAACGUGUAUGACCGACCGUUUAUCCGCCUGAAGCCCAGACAUGGAUCUGUGAUGGAGGCACAGGCAGGACAGAAAUCUUACAGAAUCUCUCCCAAACUACGAGCGUUCCCUGCCCCUGAAGUCAUCUGGUUAAAGGAUGGCAAGGUGGCGGCAGAGCAGUGCUCCAGAUAUCACAUGGAUGGGAGUUCCCUGGUGAUCCGGGAUGUAGCAGAGGAGGAUGCUGGGAAAUACACCGUCCUGGUACGAAUCCAGGAACAUGGACUCUACCAGAAUCUCACGCUCACUCUUGUGGUCAAUGUGAGUCCUCAGAUAGGGGAGAAAGCGGUGUCGUUGCAGGACCCGGGCUCGGUGCCGCGGGGGAGCAGACAAGCUCUUCACUGCACGUCCCACGGAGUCCCUCCUCCUCACAUCCAGUGGCUCUGGCACCUCUGCCCCUCCAAAGGCCUGUGUGUGUGUCCAACGUCCUCCUCACUAUGGAGUCCUGUGACAGAGAGAGUCCCCGCCACGUCCACAAGCAACCACAUCCUGAGUAUUACGCACAGACAGGAAGUGCUCCAGGGGAAGCAAAAGACAGUGGGGGUCCUGACUGUGGCAGAGGCCUUUGUGUCUGGAGUGUAUCGCUGCGUUGCCUCCAACUCUGCAGGCACAGAUCAGCUAGACGUGCACUUCUACGUCACAGACGUCCCAGGAGGCUUCAGUGUGAACCAGAGGGAGGAGCCUCGAGAGGGCGGAGACCUCCAUCUCACCUGUGUGGCCAAUAAGUACCUGUACACAGCGUUGUCAUGGCAGCGGGGGAAUGAUACAGAUGACGUCCAAUCCCGCAGCCUGGCCCUGAGCAGCCAGCGGCUCACGUCCGGGGAGUUCUCCAACUCUCUGGUCCUGUUGCUAAGCAACCUAACAGCUGGAGACUCUGGGGCCUACAGAUGCUCCGCCCGCCACCUGGUCACCGGACAGGAGACACACCUGGACACACAGGUGGAGGUCACAAUUCUGGAGCCUCCGGUGUUGCUUGAUAAUCUGACAGAUUGUACUGUGAACGUCAGCAGCUCAGUGAUCCUCAGCUGUCCCUCUGCAGGAGUCCCACAUCCCACCAUCACGUGGUACAAGGAUGAGCGUGCACUGUCUCAGGGAUCAGGUAUUGUGAUAUCACCAGAAGACGGGACCCUCCAUAUUGAUCGCAUCACAGUGGAGGACCAGGGCAUGUAUACCUGCCAGGCCACCAAUGAGAGGGGAUCUGCAGAGAGCUCUGCCUAUAUAUGGGUCACCGGCGCCUCAGAAGCAUCAUUUCUGGAGAUUCCCACACUCACCUGUACCUGUGUGGUGGCCACUCUCUUCUGGCUUUUACUGACGCUCAUCAUACGCAAACUGAAACAGCCCAACAGCUCAAACACCAAACCAGAGUACCUGUCCAUCAUUCUGGACAGAGGAGACGGACCAAUAGAGGAGCAGUGUGAGAGACUGCAGUACGACCCCAACCAGUGGGAGUUCCCUCGAGAGCGUCUCAAAUUAGGGAAACCUCUGGGCCGAGGAGCCUUCGGGAAGGUGAUGCAGGCGGCGGCCUUCGGUAUAGACAACGCCACCAGCUGCAGCACCGUGGCUGUUAAGAUGCUCAAAGAGGGAGCUACAGCCAGCGAGCACAAAGCUCUGAUGACUGAACUGAAGAUCCUCAACCACAUUGGACAUCAUCUGAAUGUAGUCAACCUGCUGGGGGCCUGCACCAAGUCAGGAGGACCACUGAUGGUCAUCGUCGAGUACUGUCGUUAUGGAAAUCUCUCUACCUUCCUGAAGGGGAAGAGAGAGGUGUUUGUGCACACGCCGGCCGGAGGAAAAGAUGGACGGGCAAGUUGUGUUGGCCGUGAGUUUGAGGAGAAAGACAAGAAAGAGGAUCACCUCAAUCCCAAAUCUGACUCCAGCUCUCCGUUAUUCCUGGAGGACCUCAUCUCCUUCAGCUUCCAGGUGGCGCGAGGAAUGGAGUUUCUAGCAUCUCGCAAGUGUAUUCAUCGAGACCUGGCAGCCAGAAACAUUUUGCUUUCUGACAAUAAAGUGGUGAAGAUCUGUGACUUCGGCCUGGCCCGAGACAUCUACAAAGACCCCGACUACGUCCGCAAGGGAGAUGCCCGCCUCCCUCUGAAGUGGAUGUCUCCAGAGUCCAUCUUUGACAAGGUGUUCACCACACAGAGUGACGUGUGGUCCUUCGGCGUCCUGCUGUGGGAGAUCUUCUCUUUGGGAGCAUCUCCGUACCCUGGUCUUCACAUAGAUGAAGAGUUCUGCCACAGACUGAAGGGGGGAACAAGGAUGCGAGCUCCAGAAUGCAGCACACCUGAGAUUUACAGCACAAUGCUGGCGUGCUGGGAGGCAAGUCCCUCAGAUCGACCAACCUUCACUGACCUGGUGGAGACCCUGGGAGACCUGCUGCAAGCAAGGGUUCAGCAGGAUGGGAAGGAUUACAUUCCUCUGGAUUCUUUCGUAUCUGGAGACACUGGUCGCAGUGAGACCUUCAAAGAAACCCCACUUGCAGUCACAAACCUGAGUUACAUGAGGGGUAUGGCCACACUCCAGACCUUUGAGGAACUGCCCUGCGAGGAGCCAGACAGCCCUGACGAUGAGCAGAGUGACAGCGGCAUGGUGCUACCAUCCGAGGAGCUGAAUGGCCUGACGUGGAACAACAGCACCAAAAACAAGAAACUCAGCAGAUUCUUUGCCUUUACCAAGUUUCGCAACAACCAGGAGCCUUUCCUGUGCAAUGACAUCAAAGGUCUCCGUGACAACGAGCCAUCUAUCUUGCCGUGCGAUUGGGAGUCAGACGAGGGAGGCUCCCCUCCUCCGGACUACAACUCUGCCUUUCUCUACCCCUCCCUCUAGCAUCGGUUUUUGUACAACUUUAUAUUUUUUGCUCAUACUCUUUAGUCACAGACACUAGAAGUCAUUGUGCUUUUCAACUUUCCUGUUUGAAUCCUCUACCUCAUUAUUAUAUCUGCAUGUAUUCUUCCUCCUGAUUAGGUUAGUCUCUUUGCUUCGCUUUCCCAAAAACGUAUGCCGUUGCACAACAAAGCCUUUACAGUAUUACCUUUCCUUGGCACACAUAACCCCUUCCACGAGCAGCUAGGUAUUACCUCAUUGUACUUAUCAUAUGCAGGUAUGCAGAAUGUAUUUACUGACCUACAAGUAUUAGAGCUUAUUGUAUUGGUACCUCAGGUGCUGAGCUUUGUGAAGAGGAACACUGCUGUAUGAAAUAAUGGUUCCUCCUACACAGCUACUAUAUGCUGGAAAAAUUACAUACUAUCCACUUGAUUGUAUUCGUUAGACAGGGUAUAUCUAUCUGUAUUUAUUUUAAUGAUGUAAUCAUGACAUGGAUGAGUCUGUAUCUCACUGUGAAUGUUAAUAUUCACUCAGUUCCAGGUCGACUUUAGUGAAGGCUAUGUGCACCCAAAUAGUAUCAAUGAGGGUGGACAAAAUAUGAGAAACACCUUUUAAUAAUACACACCAAAGUCUGUAAAAUCACCAGUUACACAACUUCUGUAUGACAGUUUCAACACAAAUAAACCUUCAGGAGCUUCAGAUUAGUUGCAUGGCUGCUAUAUAAGACUGCAUUGCAUACCUAAUAACCUGGCAACUGGGUGAAUAUUUAACUCUAUAUUAAGUAUCCCUAAGUAGUCACAUCGAAUGGAUGCUGAACAAUUACAUUUUCUAAUCUAAAUCGUAUUGAUUAAUGUUGAACUGCUUGCCAGAGAGACAAUAUAGUUUAAGAUGAUAAAGACAUCUCACUAUUUAAACAUUUUUUGGCAUUAAAACAAAUUGAGGUUUUCAAGUGUAUUAUAUUUGCUUGUAUUUUCAAGAUGAUUAAUCAUUCAAGAAUGUAAUUAUAAUUAA